AUGUCAGCACUAUCGAAGAUCUUGGAGAAGUUGCUCAAGACGGCCAGAUCGUCCAACAAGGUCAAACCAGCAGAAAAAGAGAAGCUGCAGGAUGUCAAAACACGACUGAACCUAUUGGAAUUGUCAAGUCCGUCAUCUCAGAUCAUUGAUAUGAUUUGCUCAGUGCUGCGAGAACCAUUGAUCCCGAUGUAUAUUGCCUUUCCGGAGAUAACGCUCGAGCUCUGCUUGCAAGCCUUUUUGUCCAUUUCCAAGAAGAUUGCCGUCCUAAAGGAUCAUACUGACUCACGAGCGUUGCAAUGGCAAGGAGCACAGCGCUCACUGCUUUCCGGCGUACUGGAUUUCCUAGAGGAACGCAGGACAGAGAAGAACAAGAGUGUUAUUGCGAAAGUACUCUACUCUACCCUAUGUUCUACCUUCUUCCCCAAGGCCGCACCAAAGCAAGAGACUACUCAGACCGCAACUAAUCUACUAUCCACGGUCUUCCUCCUACUCUCGGAAUCUGCGGCUUCACACCCUGGCAACCAAAGCGACCUCAGGGACGAUAAGAACUUGGGAGGAGUCCGGUUGGGGCACAUGUUGUUUCGAAUGCGAGAUUAUCUUGCCUUGGAGUCGUUGCUCAACCUUUUCGCAACACUACUCCCCCCUUACAAGUCCGCCGCAAAGAGAUCACAAUUCAUCGAAAGUGUCUUCGAAACCGCCUCCCCUACUCAUAUUUCUUGUGGGAAAGAGCUCACGGACAUGGUCCAGAAAUCACCACUGUCUGAGUGGGAAAUAACGUCCGCGCGCAUCAUAGAAACUCUCGCAAAGAAUGACAUCGCCUUCCCACAACCAUUUCAAGUUCCCAAAAUACUUACAUGUGGGGUCAGUUUCUCCCAGCCGAACGCCACCGACAGGCUAUACCUCGACACCAGAUCCUUUUUUGCGAAUGUCGAUAAGGGAGACGCUUAUGAAACAUUUCAAACCCUCUACAAUCAUGUUUCGAUGCUCAAUGUCGUACCCUCGAAGGAUGCAACAUUCCAGCACGUAACAGUUCAUUUGACGAGCCCGCCUAUCGUUGGUGUAUCUACUAUGAGACCGUCCGACCCAGGCACCUUGCUCCUGCGAUUUGAUGUUCAGACUUCUGAUCUAGAACGCUUUAUGAAGACCGUACAAGCGCGAAAUCUGAGAAUAAAGGAGAAAACUGUGACCGUCAAGUCAUCCCUGUGCGAGUCUACCUCAUUGGAUUUCGAUAGUUUGGGCAAACCGUAUCGAGAGCCAUCUGCAAAAGAGAAAAUAGAGACCAUCGGUCGUAUUUUCGAUGAGACUCGUGAUAGCUUGUUCGCCUCUGAUUUUCCGGAUGCGCCUCCGAAUGAUACUAUCUCAGCUCUGGAGCCCGAAUGCCCUAAUGACGUCGAUCUGGCUUCGCCUAUAACUACUGUCGACCCCCGCCAAAUAUGCCAAACGGUGACUACACCGAAGAGGAACAAGAUGGCUGGUCCAGUUCCCAUCACCAAGAGCCCUCUCUAUGAGUCUGUAUUCGGGACUUCUGACAACGAGCUUUCCGAGCUAUCUGAGGUCGAGGUUCUACCCAAAGGCACCCGCACUCGGCCACAGAAAGGCGAUAACACGAAGCAGUUGCCCCAAUCAAGCAAAACAGCGAGGAGAGGCAAGGCGCGCAAGAUUGUCCAAUCUGACGCUGGAAGCGUGGACAUUGCUCCGAGAAGGCCGGACACGCUGGGCGAAGGAUCUAAGACACAGCUCCACUCCAAGGCCACCGCAAACCCCUUUGGAUCUAUCUGUGUACCACGAAACGAGGAUCUAUCAAUCGUGGAGGCCUCUCGUCCUAAUGAAUUCUCUGAAAAGCCUGGUGCUGCUCGUGGAGCUGGACCCACUGGACUGGCAGUCGUGGAACCAAAGAGGACGAGGGGACGGCCCCGCGAGGUAGCGACUGAGGCUCAACCGGUGAAACAAGAUCUCGACCGGACCGCUCCCGAAAAGCACGACCCCCGACGAGGCACUAGGAAACGGCCGAUAGAUGAUCACGACGAAGAUGGAUCCCCUCCAGGUCGCGCGAUCAAAAGGCGUCACUUAGAACAUGCUAAUGGAGAUGCAAUGGUGCGCAAGCCUUCUGCUAGGACCGCCGCAAUGCUGGAAUCACCAAAGAAAGCCGCACCACUAGCGAGGCGGUAUCAUCGCAAGGAUAGAAUCUCUUCUCCGGCUAUUGUAGACAGUUCGGAUCCCGUGGUCGACUUUGAUGAUGUUCCGCACUCCGCCGUCAAGGAAACGAUCCACAAUGGUAGGCGGCGUGUCUCGUUAAUGAAGAAGAAGGACGUAAAGAAAGUCCAGCGGAAGCCGGUGGCCAUUCAAAAGAAAACGGAUCCUGCGACCUACGAGGUACAAGAUGAAGAUGAUCAGGUUCCAGCCAAGGUGGGUGGUAAUCCUAAACAAGAGAGGAAUCGGAAGCUUGUGAACGACGAGAAUGAAAGACCCAGUGAUACAAGCGACAACAAAGAGGUGCCUUUGCCUUUGCCCCCCACGCCCCCCGCUCCAAAACCAAGCAAAGCUCGGAAGGCCCCUUGGCAAGAACCGUCUUUCUUGAAAGAACUUCCGAAGAACCUGCCAGAGACCGGUCCACCAGAGCACGACUUUACUUUGGAGGCCCCGAUGACAUCCGAAGCUGCUUUCGAAAGUGGUCCUAUGUCAAUGCAAGGCAACGAAUACUCUGUACCUGUCCAGUCGACAUCCGAAGAUGCUCCAGCUAGCGACGAUACAACAUAUGUUCCUCCCACGAUCGACCUUACAAUCGACUCCCCAAUCCGACCUGCGCUUGCCGUCCGAAAUAUCACGAAGGGAAGAUCAAAACAAGGAGCUGGGGAUCUCGAAGGUGUCAAUCCUGCCGCAAUAUGGACAAAGGCGACGAAGCCUGACGCCAACGCAGCACUAAAGAAUACGCGCUGUCAACCAUCCGAAACGCCUCGGAUUGAAGUGGAACCCCAAAAUCAAGUUAAAACGGUAACUUUCGAGGCAGCCCCAAAUCAAAUCAGUACAACUACCUAUGAGCACAACGAUUCAUCAGGCAUGGAAGAUGCAGUUUUCAAACCGACCACCAUAUCGUCAGCUAUACCCCGGUCGCGUCAACAACCCGCCCAAACGCGCUCUUCCUAUCCAGAAGAAGCUACUGGUAUCCAGAAAUCUGCACAAUUCAUUCCACAAGACAAGUCUCCAGCUUUCCUUUUUCAACACGAUAACAACGCGCAGGGCAAGAGAUUCUCGCACUCUCCGGCACCCACACGAAAUGGUAGUGUCAUAUCGAGCUGGUCCCAGCCUUUAGUUACUGAACAGAAAGCAGGCUUCAACUUCAAGUCUCGUAGGGAUAAGCCCUAUAUGCGGGAUGACACCCGAGCUAACCAGGACGCCAUGGAGGACAUUGUGGCAACUUUGAAAGAAAUCCAUGAAGUGAUUGUGCAGAGGGUAUACGAAAGAUUCGACGGCGUUACAAAGGAGGUUGUCAUAGAACUAUCAAACGAGUUCUUACGCUCCCCAAGGGUCAUCCACUUUAACAACAUCGUCGGACUGGAGGAGGAGUACUCAGAAUAUCGCCGACAGCUUACGGACGGACUCAGCGAAGUGAAACGCGGUUACGAGACCAUGGACCAACAACUUGGACAGAUAUUACGGGACCACGACAAGUUCUCGCUUUCGAAGAAGUUCCCAACAUCACUGUUUGCCCGCUCUGGUGGGCCGCCGAAACUAAUUUUGUAA